UUUGACGCGAGUUAUACAUGUCGGAACUCGCGUGGGGGAAAAUAGAUACAUUCGCAUAAUGAUCCUUGCGAGUUUACGAUUCGGCAUAUAUCGACGAGUUCGCGUGAACCUGUGGGCCUCAAAACGGAUAGAGCAGAUUUAACAACAAAUUCGUGGUUUUCAGAUACUCGGAAGCUGAUUGCAUCGGGCGAAGCCAUAACGAAUAGAGCCUUUUCGGAAGAAAAGGAAGAAGAAAGAUAUGCAAACUCCAAUAGUUUAACUGAAACUUCAAACUUAAUGCAAAGACACUGCAGAGAAAAAAAUAAGUACAAUCGUGUGAGAUGUAUUGCACGCAAAAGUCAAUCAAAACUUUCAUGCAGCAAAGUAUAUCGUUAGUUUGUAACUAAGAUGCGAUGCAACCUCGUAAUCUCGUCGCGAUAUCAAGACAAUCGAAACGCAACGUUCUCCAAAUUAUGUGCGCGUACGAUGUUCAAGUUUCACCCAGUUUGGUUGACUCGGCUGAGUACGGCACUGGGCAUCCAUCCCAGUGAAAUGUGGCCCCGCGGCGAGAAAAACGGGGACCCGGCGUGCGGCGGUGGCCAAACGAGCCAGGGCAUUACCAGCGCGGUGUGCAGCCACGGCAGUCUCACGGUAACCGGUAAGAGGCUUUCGUGAGGAGGACGUUGAGCGAUCACGACGACGACGACGAGUCCUGAACGAGCCCCUAGAAAUUGGGCCCAACGUCUCGUGGUCGACGCACGUAGGCGCGAUCAACUGACAGCGCGCGGAAUGCGCGUGUUUUGCAAGAACGCGAGUCCAGAUGCGGGGGGAAGCUCCUCAGCAACACCAGGACAACGAAGACGACGACGACGAUCAUAAGAUCGGAAUACAGCACGGAUUAAACGGCUUCCCCAAUGUCAAUUAUGCAGGCAGUAUGACAGUUACAUAGAACUGAAUUGCUCGAAGGUGAACAAUCCGUGAUUUCCGAGUUGAGGAACUCUGGAAUCGAUCAAAGUAAUCGGCGAUUGCAGGGAGAGGUGAAGACUAACAUGUGUUAUGUGUGAAUACUAAUGAACAGUGUGACUCGUGUUUCGCAGGGAUUUACGUCACGUCAAGGUGAAGAGAGCAUUAUGCUUCCGCGCUAGCAGGAGGAUGUGCGACGUAUUAAUAUGCUGAUAAACAGGAACUAGUAUGAGUUUAGUUAGCACUGGCAGUAUACAGAGGCGAGAGUAUUCUUCCCAACGAGUGACACGUGCUAAACGCUGAUAGAGAGGCGAUUGGAAUAAUUCGUGCUCGACUGAGACUUGCUACGUUCUAUCGGGAUAAAAGAAAUGUUCUCUUCCUUUCACGAGGUUGAAGAGAAGCGGAGGACGCGUGGAUGCUGAGAGAAAAUCGGUUGCGACUCAUGCUUCAUUGGAACUUUCGCUGUACCGAGACGCAGGGUGUUCCUUUUCGUGUACGAAGCCGGAGAAAGAGACAGGAGGCGGGUGAAUGCCGAUAGAGGGGAAUUGGUGUUACUCGUGGCACUGUACCGGGGAUUAGUGUACGAGAGAGAGAGAAAGAGAGAGAGACUGGUAUGUCGAUUGUCAGCGGCGGCAUGGGCUUGAGUUUAAUGCGAAGGCUGCGAUUGUGCGAUCGCGACGGUCCCCGUCGCGAGUGACGCUUGUGCGUGUGCGAAUUGAACGGUAUCGCGGCACAAGACUAGUCUUAAUUGUGUAUGUGUAAGUGAAUAGUAUUCAACGUAUACGCUAUAAAUGUAUUCAUUGAAUACAUUUAAAUACAUACUGACUCGGUGAAUACUUCAGGACAAUGAUAGUGUUGUCCGACUUGCACGAUAACCGAUUUAGCUCCGAAGUGAUAACGUGACUUUUACGAUCACUUCUGAAGUGUACAGUGCAUGAUUCAAGAUGCUUGGUGUGACUCAUUAUUUAUUUGAUACGUUCUACAAUCAAGGUGUAAUUUCUUCUUCAUAAUACACGGUCGCGCAACGCAAGAUAAUACACAAGAUAAUACACAACGCAAGAUAAUAAUUUGAAAAAAUAACUAUUAAUCAAAUUUUUUUAUCUACGGUUAAUCAUGCGACAAUUAUCAGCGAGAUAACUGCUUCGGUGUCUCUUCUUAGAUUGCAACAUUACCUACGAAACAGAUAGCACAGAAGAAAGUGACGCUGAAGAAAUCAGUCAUAACUGAGUCAUAACAGAUGACGAUUCUCGCUAGAUUCCUUCGGCAAGGAUUACGGAAAAUAGAAGUAUUCUUUGCGAGAGCUCACUGUUUCAUCACGACACGCGACAGCGAGGCGCCGUUGGCAGGUGCAGGUGUUCGGAACGAGAAGCGCGCGAAAGAAGACGCAGGCAAGAGAGAAGUGAGAGAAAGAGAGAGGGAGGCGAAUACGAGAGAAGAAGAAAAGGAAGAAGAAGAAAAGCAGAAAUCGGCCGUCGAGAGAGUAGCACGUCGCACGAGUAGGGCCCCCUACGGCGAUAAGGCGAGGCCCGUGAGGUCGGUGGAGGGAACGUAUGUAUCGCGCGGGGCCGGUCGCGCGGACUGGGCCUGCUCGUGAGAGACCGCGCGCUGACCCAGAUUUCGGCGGUUCGAACGAGGCGAGCCGACGCGAGGAGACCGCGGCGGACUUUCUGAAAUGGGACACGGCGCAGCCUGGAGCUAAAUUAGCCGCGAUGUCCAAUAAGAGUAAGUCCCAGCCGCAGCAGCAGCAUCAGCAGCCGCACCAUCAGCAACAGCAGCCGCAACAGCAUCCUCCGCACGUGAUCAAGCCAGUGGACCAGCUGCCGCCGCGUUACCAGCCGCCGCCGCAGCCCACCAGUGGCAUCCUGAAGAAUCAUCUUCACUUCGCCAGCGGAGCGUCGUCGGCGCCGAGCUCGGGCCAGGCCGGCAGCAGUCAAGGUCCGGGCGCGGCCUUGAGCCAUCAUCAGAGCACGCAACCGCGCACGUUGCCGCCACCACUGCCGUCUUCACAGCAGCAACAUCAACAGCAACAGCCGCAACAGCCGGCUCAACAACCACCACAGCAGCAGUCACAGAAGGAUGCACAGAGCAAGUAUUCCCCGAGAAUAGAGCAUCGUCACCAUCAUCAUCAUUCCCAGCCGGCUAACGCGUUGAUCGGCGCGUCGGCGGCGUCUAAGAGCCAGCAGCAGCCGCAGCCAGCCUACCUCCAGCAGCCUAAGCUCAGUCAAGGCCCGUAUUUGCCACCCAGCAGCCAAUACCCGGCGGUGAGCAGCGGCCAGAGCGUGCCGGUCAGGCAGAGAAUUAGCGACGACGAAUUCCUGCGACUCGGCCCUGUGGAGAUGCUCAAGUUUGUACGGAAGACCGAGAGUGACAUCGCUAGGCUCGCCGCCGAGCAGAAUCGCCAGAUACAGAGCUUGCUGAAUGAGCUGCGGGCGUUGAAGGAGGCCAACCAAAGACUAAACGACGAUAACCAGGAACUGCGCGAUCUCUGCUGUUUCUUGGACGACGACCGACAAAAGGGUCGCAAGUUGGCGAGAGAGUGGCAGAGGUUCGGCCGAUACACGGUGAGUGUUAUGCGCCAGGAGGUCUCGGCUUAUCAGAACAAACUACGUCAGCUGGACAACAAGCAGCAGGAGCUGAUUAAGGACAAUCUUGAACUCAAAGAGCUGUGUCUGUACCUCGACGAGGAACGUGGUGGUGGUCAAAGGGACGACGGGGAUGGAUCGAGUUCCAGUACGAACGCCGAAGAGACCGCGUUGCCGAGGCCGAGGCACACUUCUACAUUUAACGAUCAAACUAUGCAAUAUGUGAGGAGUUUGGAGCAACGGGUGAAGCAAUUGGAGGAAGACAAAAGCGUUCUCCAAGCUCGUGCGCAAGGUUGGGAAGUACCACCAGGCGAAGUCUGGGAGAGCCCCAAUAGUCCAAAUGACAAUCCUCACCUAGGAAGUCGACCAGAAGCCGUAGUGCGCGCUCUUCAAGUUCUUGAAGUCAGAGAACAAUUAGAAAGAGAGGAAGGUCACGACGGUGAGAAGGCGUUGGUCAGAGAAAUGUGCAAUGUUGUCUGGCGAAAAUUGGAGGAGGGUCCGCAAGCGAGGCAUUAGGAAGGACGUCCUUUAGAUUUUAAAUGUUACUAUAAAACAGGCAAUGAAGAGAGCUCCGAUAAACGUUCGGGAUGUAACGAUAGUAUUAUAGCGUAUGAUGCAAAUAGUACAGUGUAUGUACGUAAUGUAGAUUUUUAUACUCAUACAUUUGGUUUCAAUACGAUUUAGGCACUUUUUCUUUCGAUGCAGUUUGGAACGCAGUCGAUGGUCCACAUUGAGAGACUUUUCUUAUCUUAUCAAUUGUUCUUUUUCUUAUCAAUUCUCAGAAGUUGGUUCUUACACUGGACCAUCUGAUGCACUCUUAAUUUCAUCAGCAAAAGUGUGUACAAAUCGUCGUGUAAAGAGGUGUGCAAUUAUCUCUCGGUGCGAAAAUACCGACAACGUGUGUCUAUUUAUGCGGAAAUUGUAGCGUCGUUAGCUGUUGGCCAGAUUGACUGUUAACAGAGUAUUUUUUAUUAGA